AUGAUGAUCGCUCCAGCACUAAAUCUUAGAAAGAGGGUUUUACUAGUGAAGCUCCGACGGGAAAUAAUGGAAAUAGUUGAAGUAGCGAAGGGCAAAUUGGGGUUUGAUUCCAAGAGAUACACAACAUUAUUGGUUGUGUGUUCCAUUGUUUUGCCUCUGUCUCUCAUGAUAUUGAUUUUGUAUCAGAACCAGUCGUUUGAUCUAAUCGGAGGGUUAGCUAAAGCUGAGAAAUCUCGAAAUGUUACAACAUUGAACGUUGGUAAGACACCAAGACCAUUCCUUCCUGCUUGA